GUUUUCCGCCGGAAACACCGGUGGACGCGCGGGCCCUCCCGUCGACGGUUCGGAGCGGGCCGGGCUGGGAUGACGGGAGGAGCAGGUGGGCGGAGGUAGCCCACGGCCGCGAAUCCCCUCUCCCCCAGCCGUCUCACCUGCAGCGCGGGCCGGGUCGGCGGGGUGCCCGGGUGCAGGAAAGGGCGCCUCGCCUUCGCUGCAUCGGCUCCCCCCCCGACGCCCAGUCUCCCCCCCGAUCGAACCCGAGGCGCAGCCUCGCCCCGCCCAGGCCCAGCGAGUCUACAGAAGGUCCGGCUUCUGUUCCGGCCCGGUCGGGCCAGAGCCGUCCGUCUGUCACGGCCCCGCGGUCACUCAUCGGUGUGACCGUCGAGAGGGAGGAAGAGAGCGCGCGGGGUGUCUGCCCGGCAGGUGCUGCCCGAGGGGUGGGUCAAAGGAGAGCGGCCGACGGAGCCAAGGAAAGGAAGGGAACGGGGGAGCGGGGCGAGGAAAGACGAGCGGAAGGCGGGGGGUGAGGUGGGGAAAGGGAGAGGUGAGGGGAGGAAGCGCGUUAUAGGUGCCAUGCCCGCGCCUGGCUCCCUUGGCCGCUACUUUUCCUGCUGCUACUUGUUGGUGCUGCUUGCAUCAUCUCCCAUCCCAUCCCCAUUCCGCUGCUACAACCUGUGCCCCUCGCACCGGCUGUUGCUCCACGACGUCGUCGUUGGUAGCCUGUGUGGGUUUGUGUGAGUUUGUGUGUGCGAGUGAAAGAGACGCGCCGGAGAGGAGAAGAGGAGAAGAGAAGGGGGAGGGAGGGAGAAGAGCGAGAGAACAGGAAAGUGGGAGGAGGUGGGGGGGAAGUGAGUUGAUCUAAAAUCGUAUAUUGGUGUUGCGGAUCAGCGAUCCUGGCACCUCCAUCCAUCCGCAUUUCUUUCCUGCUGCUCCACUUGCUUCCUCCUCCAUUCCUGGCCAUCGGGGGCCGUGGCAGCCUGCCUGCUGCUUGCUUGAGCAGUCGAGAGUUUUACGCCGAUGUGUGAGAUGCGCCUGCACUGAUCAGAUCAUAUUCUUCUCGUCCUUGCCUUCUUUUUUCUCAUUCUUUCCCACCUCCGGUGUCCUAUAUCUGGUUUAGAGGCCGUGUAGUAUCCUUCCAGGACCACCUUCUGCCUUCUGUGCUUCCCUCACCGUUUCCUCUCGCGGCGUCGAUCGGCAGACUGGCGAGUGCUUCUCAUCUGGGUUGUAAGAAAAGUAUCAUAUUGCUGCGGCGGAAUUUUUCGAACGCUUGUUCCCUCUUCUGUUCUCUGUCUCUGCAGAUGCUCUGAAGAAGAAGAAGAAGAUUACAGAGGAGGCAAUUGCAUAUCAUCGAGAGCGCAACCGAGGAGGAGGAAACUGAUGAUUAGUUGUUAGUUUUUGGUGUUUCGAAGGGAGGCUUCUUGCCGCGCAGAGAGAGGAUCUGGUUGUGUGUCCCGUCUGUCUAAAGUAGUUGCGUGGGACAGAUCCUGCUUCUUUUCGCCUGUUUACGUUUACCGUUGUCGAUAUAAGUUGUUUCGGGUUCGCUACAGGGCAAAGGUCGGCAAGUUCGGCAAGUUCGGCAGGUCGUCGCGUAGCCAAUCUAUUCCGCAGAUCUUCGUUCUUGUCUAGGGGUUGCACCCGCGUUAAAUGGCUCAGGAGAGCUGGAAGCGGGAUAAGGAAGAGACAGGAUGUCAGCCCCCGGAAGGGCCCGUUCUUUGUACAAAUAACUGUGGUUUCUUUGGGAGCGCCACUACUUCGAACCUUUGUUCCAAGUGCUAUAGAGAUCUUGUUUUAAAGCAAGCAAAGGCGACAUCGGCGAAAGCUGCUGCCGAGAAAGCUUUUCUUACGACUGCGCCUAACGACUUUUCUCUCGAAAGAACGGACCAGUCUGCCAGGCAGGCUCUAGAGACCCUCGCCGCAGUGGCUCCAUCUGCCAGUGAGCCAUCGAGUGGAGGAGGAACGUCGUCGUCGACGGCCGCAGAUGAGCAAGAGCCGCCGCGCCAGCAGGCUCCCAACCGCUGCUUUUCUUGCAAGAAGCGCGUGGGUUUGACUGGCUUCAAGUGCCGUUGUGGAAAUACGUUCUGUUCUUUACAUCGGUACUCUGACAAGCAUAGUUGUUCGUUUGAUUAUAAGACGGCCGGUCGCGAUGCCAUAGCCAAAGCCAACCCUGUAGUGAAAGCCGAUAAGAUAGAUAAGAUCUGAUUUAUUACUCACUCCUGUACUUUCUAAUUAUUUAGGAUAGCGGUUCAAACCAGCAAGAGAUGCGUUUCCAUUAGGUGCCUUGCUUUGAAGAGAAACAAAUCAUUGGGGCUCAUCGUCAUGUCAUUCAUGUUUCUCGGCAGGAGAUGGGAAUUUUAGUCUAGUUUUCUUUUUUCAUUCCAGUGAUCCUGCAGCCUGAAACACAUUAUUGAAAGUUGUGAUGUGUACCUAUCAGUAAUCCACGAUUUUUUGGUGGGCCUUGUACAGCAGCUUAAUAUGUUUACUCACUUUCUGAUGAAAUCUUGGAGUCUGCCUUCGUGUGCCUUGUGUUUGAGUGGAGUUGUUUUGGUACGUAGAUCGCAUGUCGAUUUGUUUCUCGCCUCGUCCCAAGGUACGGCUUUUCACACGGUUCAGCGAGAGAUGCGGAAUGCCGGCCAUGGCCAGUCGUGAAGAUUGAGUUAGUGGGAUUUCAAUUGAUGGAUCAUGAUGGAUGUGUUGGACCACCGCUCGUACGGUGUAUGCUUCUGUGUCAUGACGUGCGAGCGCUGCAAAUAACUGGUGGAAAGUGCUGCAAGUGUCUGGUCCUCGUAGAGAAUGGUCCGGGGUCUUAAUUUUAUGUGCUAGACCAUACCGGGCGAGGAUGGGGGAGGUAUAUUUCUGCCGAACGUUACGAUGCGUGUUCGUUGACCCUUCCGGUGCGUCGACUUUGAGCGUGUGUGGAAGUGUGGACGACAGCUCGAUAUGGAGUUGCGGCACCGGAAAUUACCGACUGUUCCCGGGCGAAUCUUUGACAGGAAAGGUGCUACCGGGAAAUUCAUAAUAUAUUUUCAGAGGCAAAGGAGUCGUCGGUCGACGUUAUGACAUUAGACCCAACGUAGUGGCUACCAUCUCUUGACGGUGGAUGAUAGGUUCCGCUUCGCGAAUUACCCGAAUGCAAGUUACCGUUGUCGAGAUCUACUCUCAUCAUCCACCUGGCUCUUCUUCCAGCGUGUGAGAAUCUCCUCGGGCUGUUGUCAUGCGUGGAAGGGGCCGCAUUUUUUGGUCAAUGCGUGAAAGCGGAGGGAGGUAUUAAAAUAAAUCCGGGGGACAAAUUGGACGUUUUCGUCACCCAUGCAGAGAAAGACGCGAGGACUCGUCGGGCGGAUGACAAGUCCGUUGCAGAGAGGACGAGGGAAAGUUGUAAACAACGAAAAUAAGUGUUGCCUUGAAAGGGGGAAAAGGGUACACGCGCAAGGCCACCUUGCGCAGGGUCGUAGGACACGAGAAGUAAGAAAGUAAGGCAUCAUCGCCAGUCACGCUAACAGUUAAAAGAAAUGGUGAUCCCCUCGAUGGGCCGAGAAUCGGUCCGAGCACUAGUGGUCAAAUCUCACAAGGCGUCUCUGUACAUCUAUUCACAUCUAUUGACGGUGAAGAAUAUGGGGCCGGCCCCCCGCGAUACGACGGUAGACGAUAAGCACUGCUGCAAUGCAGAUAACGUCUGAGGUGGAAGGAACUAAAUCUCAGAACCUUUGCGGUUAGGGCGGUUGCACAUGAGCUGGGGUUAAGGGAAAAAGACCAGAGCAUACGCGCAAUAAGACAAAGCGCCAUCACUGCAAUACUUCCUAGUCAAGACAAGUGUGGCCCGGGUAUCAGGCAUGAACGCUGUCAACUCCUCCGUCCGUGAAAGUCCGGCUGGGAGGCGUUUCCAUAAGAUGCCACUUUCAAAUCUAGCGAAAAGCAAGUCAUGCUGCUUUCCUCCGUAGAAAUUACAGUCAAGUUUUCGUACGCGGAUGGACAGUGGAUGGAAACCAUCGACGAGAUUGUAUCGAAAUCCUGGACGGACUUGGUGGAGCGGGCCACAGAGCGUAUAUCCGUUAUGUAGCAACGUCUAAGUGGUCGAGAGGGUUGCCGAUGAGACCAUGUCUAAUUCGAGGUACUGGAGAUAAUUCCGAAGCGUAAGGAACCGACAGCGAAUGGAAAUGAGACUUUGGUGGAAGCCUGGAGUUUAGGUGACAUAUGAUUAGGACUUCGGCAAAUGAGAAUCAGUGGUGGUGGCAUGGGGAGGCUUAACUGAAACGGAGGGACGGGCCAUCGCAUCUGCGAAGCGUCCAAUGUUGUGGCCGUUCGCCAACCCGAAAACGAGAAAGCACUAUAAGGAUACGAGGACAGUAGCGGGUUGUUCGCACAUUGUGACGUGAUGCCCCCAACAACUGUGCUCCAACGCUUUUACCAAUGUCUUCAAAACACGCAAAGCUUUCAGGGUGAACCGACCUAAUUUGUUUCAACUUUACCACACUGUUGGCGACAUGUGUAGAUUCAAGUGGAAUUAGCUCUCGGACCACGUCGACUCUCCCCGCUACACUAGGAAGGAUGAUAUCAAUACACACAAGAUAUCUUUUGUGAGAAUCUCGGUAAUAUUUUGGGAACAAUAAUUCCUCGUCUUGGAGCUGAUGACUGACGGAGGAGAGCAUGUAGGGGAGAAUUCGGUGCCGAGUCAAAGUCGCCCAACAAGAAAAGUUCCAAAACCCCUCCCCCACCACUUUUCUUAUCAUACUCCGGAGUCCAGAAACAAACAACCGUCCCCGCAGUCCACUCUAAGUUUUUCCGGAUCGAUCCACACUAGAGUGGCCGCUGACACAGAAACUUUAAAAAGCUGGGCUGGAAGGAUCAGGUUCGUGCGGACGGGAACAGGAGGAGCGCGAGAAGAAAGAUGAUUUCGUAAAUUGCAUUCUUCCGAUGUGCUUAAGAGGAUCUAAUUUCUGGAAGGAAAAGAACCGUUUAAUAAUACAAAGGUCGAGUUGUUUGUUUGGGGGCUGGCAGUAUUUUCCGGCAGGUUUGAACUGCUCUGUUGGACUUUCUACGAAGAAGCCGGCAAAAUAAGGAAUUGAUUUAUCAGACGUGCAGAAUAUCGGCUGUUGAACUUGCAGGCUUGUUUACUUUCGG